AAGCCCCGAGUAGCGGCACACUCGCUUUAAUUAAGCUGAGGGCGAUUCUGGUUCGUUUCCGUAUGCGCAAGAUAAGACAAAUUAUUCAAAAUCAUUGUGCUGACUUAAGCUGUACCUAAGUUGUUCAGUAUAAAAGCAGCAGGAGAAAAUAUCUCGAGAGAUUCCGUCGCAGGCGAGGCAUCGUGAAGAUCACUGUAAUUCGCAAAAGAUAUUCAAAGGUGUUUUUUUUACACCGAAGAGGCGAGUAUUACUGCUAUUUCAAAGCAAACAACAGCUGACUUGUGCUGGGAAAUUUCGUUUUGCAAAAGCUUUGGUACGUGAAAACAACGAAGGCAUUUAUCCAUGACCCCAAAUCUUCAAGUGCUGCGCGAGUCUUAUAAACAGGGCUAAUGGCUUCGAAACUGCUAGGACUGUGUUCGGUGAUUCUGGCUGCGAUAGUAGUCAGCGCGGAGAUUGAAUACGGCUCAAGAGGCAAAAAAAACAUAGUGGAGUUGAAUUUUCUCCAAGAAAAGACCUAUCCGAAUCUUACAAGCAUCAUUAAAGCAGGGGGAUAUCGUGCCAUGGAAGAAUGUCGAAAAUUAUUCAAGAACGAUAUUUGGAAUUGUACCAUUGAUAACAGAGACAUGAUAAAGGAGUUGCCCAGUUUUGUCAAACCAACCAUUCCUUAUGCGACACGGGAGUUUGGGUUCAUAAUCGCCAUCAGUACAGCUGCUGUUAUAAAUGAGGUCGCCCAACAGUGCCAACGUAGCAGAAUACCCGGAUGUGGGUGCGAGCUGAAAACAGAAAACGAUGGCAACGAAGAAUUUCAAUGGAGCGGUUGUGGUGACAACGUCAAGUUUGGAGAGAAGGAGGCCAGGAGAUUUAUGAGCGUCUAUAGGAACGGAAACAAUGCGCGGAAGGCUUUUCAUUUUCACAACUCUGAAGUCGGAAGAAAGGUUGUUCGCUUGAGUCGAAAGAAAGUGUGCAAAUGCAAUGGACUUUCAGGAAGUUGUACGGCAAAGAUUUGUUGGAGGCAAAUGGAGGCCUUUGAAGUCAUUGGGGAAAAGUUGAAAUUAAAAUAUAAAAAUGCUUUGCGAGUGUGGUACGCAAAUAGCAAGCUUCAAGAGCGAGGCAAAAACAAAUUGUCAGCGAAAAAGAGAGAGAAAAAGCUGGUUUACCUCGAUCCUUCGCCAGAUUACUGCGUACCUAACAAAACGCUGGGCUCCCCAGGAAUGUUGGGAAGAAUAUGUCGCAGUGAUGGAGGCACCACCGUAAAGAAGUGUCACUCCCUCUGUAACGCUUGUAAAUUGAAAUAUCAAACAGUUCAGGUGGUUAAGGAAGAUAAAUGCCGCUGCAGGUUUGUGUGGUGUUGCAAUGUUGAAUGCGAUACUUGCAAAAGCAAAUAUCACAAAACCACCUGUGUCGCCUAAGACGGGCAUCUUAUGUCAGUUAUGUUAAACAUCAUGAAACGUCAUUUGACGUGACGAGACGCAGGGACUGAAACAAUGGCUGGAAUUGAGUGAGUCCCUAUAGGGAGAAGAGGAACUAAACAAACGAAAAAUGCUUAUACUGUAAUAUUAAAAAUACCUUGGAUUGCAUGCAUUCAAAUAGCAACUACAAAAGAAACAAACUGAAUUGAAAAGGCUGACACGUAUCUCUCACUUUAAGACUGCUUCUCUGAUAAAUAGUUCACUCAUUUCCUCUUAUAUCGCUAUUAUUUACAGUAUUUUUGGUUAAAAAAACAUCGGGAAUUGGAACGUUACGGGAUAAUAUGUAUAUGCACUAUGUCGAGUGUUAUCCCAGAUCCAUUCUUAAGGACUGGCAGGGUAAUGGGCUCCUGGGACUGGUUAGUCUUGUAAACACAUGUCCAGACGUCACGUCACUUUCAGGAAAAAGUGACGUUAUUAGUGAGUUUUUCUAUCAAUAUAUCACUUAUUUCGAAGCUCCAUGGCUUGUGGGCAGGUCCUCAUUAUCAGCGCUUGGGAACAAGCCUUCAAGUAUGAAGCAUUGAGCAAUGAGAGGUCUGCAAGAGAUCUGCAAGAGAUCUGGUGCUGAUAAUCAUUAGUGCCAGACCCCUACUCGUCUCAAAUCCUCCCGCGGGCGGAGAAACGUGCGUUUUGCAGCUGCACUGAUAACGAAGGCCUGCUCGCAGACUAGCGGCUUUGUACUGUUUGUAAUGAGAAAAAUAGGCGCAUGAAUAGUUAGGAAAGAGGGGAUUGAAAGAGUGAAGGACUGUUGAGCGUGAUUGAAAAGAGUAGGGCUUUUGGUGUUAUUAAGAAUACAUAGUUUAGGAACAUCGCUGGUGAUAUAGUGUGAGUACAUCCU